CUUUGUUUUCUUCUCCAAAUCUCUGUCACAAAUCAAACUGAGACAAGCUCCAACGACGGCGGACUCGACAAUCUCCGACGAACUCGGCGAUCUCCACGAUCUUCGGCGAACUCGACAAUCUCCGGCGAAUUCGGCUAUCUUCAAGUUUGUUUGUUGUUAUUUUUGUCAAUAGAGAGAGUGUUGGCGUGAGGAUGAGCUGUUAUCGAGGUAUACCAAUUACUUUGCAAAGCACUCUCCGGAGUAUCGUUCCCAUGGGUGAAGAUGUUCAACGAGUCUCCUGAUUUGUCCACUCUCAUCGAUGUUCCCUUGUCUCAUAUUCCUCAAUCUGUCUACAGAACAACACGCAAUUGGCACAACAAGGGGCUGGUGACGACUCCAAAUCCCAGGUGGUACAGACCUAUUGCAAAUAGAAAUUCAUGCAUUGUGAAUGUUCGCCGUUGUAAGGGUUUUGUUUCCGCCAUGACCACCAAACGCGCUUACAAGCUCUGUGGAUGCUUUUCCAAUGACCAUGAUGUUUGGGAUGUGCUCUGUACUCCAGUAGUUUCCGAUGAAAACUUGUGUCUUUACGGACUUCCAAACGGGUCAUGGGAGGUUGAUCUCCCUGUCGACGAGGUCCCUCCUGAGCUUCCUGAACCAGCUCUUGGCAUCAACUUCGCAAGGGAUGGUAUGGCAAAGGAAAACUGGGUUUCUCUGAUUGCAGUUCACUCUGACUCUUGGCUCAUCUCUGCUGCCUUUUACAUUGGUGCACGUUUCUCUUUUGAUAAAAACUAGAGGAUGAGGCUGUUCCUGAUGAUAAAUGAUCUUCCAACCAUUUACGAGGUUGUAACCGGCAAAGCAAAGCAAUCCAAGGAUCAAUCUGCAAAAAGUGGCAGAAGCAAGUCUAGUGGUGUCACUCAAACGGACAUAAAACUCUUCUUUGAGGCUGUGUGGAGAGGUUUUACGUCUAAGGCUUCUGGGAGAUCAUCAAUCAUCCAACUAGAAUCGGUUUCGUUGAGUUUGUCAUGGCUGAAAGUGCAAUAGCUGCUCUCAACUGCAGUGGCGUGCUUCUUGGUUCUUUACCCAUAAGGGUGAGUCCCUCAAAGACACCUGUUCGUUCCCGUGCUGUCCCUUGACAACAACAGUAGCAGCUACAAGUUUAUUAGACAUAAAUAUGAUUUAUCAACUCUCCUAUAAACUUGUCAUAAACCCAUCGAGAAAACAAAAAAAAAAACUCUUACAAACCCUUAUAAGAGCUUAUAAAUUUAUUUAUAAAUAUUUAUAAUUUGAUUUAUCAAUG